AUGCUUCGACCAAAGAGAGUUCUAUUCAUCACGGACGUUGAGCCUGGCGAGCUCAACGUCUUCCUCGCUACCGCCCAGUCUGUUCGAGAUGCAGACAUCACCGUUGAAAUCCACCUCGCUACUCCUCCUGGCUUCGACGAUGAGGUUCCUGCAGGUGCUACUUAUCACCAGAUCAACGGUUUGCCUAUGAUGCAGGCAGUUGAAGACCAUUUCAACCGCAAGCAGAACGGCCCUACCUUCCCUCUGUCUUUCAUCCGGCCUCCUGGCUUUAGCAACACUCGCAAAGCGAUUAAAGAUGCUGCUGCGGUCCACAUGCCGUAUACGGGACGCCAGAUGGUUGAUCUCUUUGCCUCUAUUGUCAACAUUAUCAGAGGUGUUCAGCCUACUCUGGUUGUGGUGAACAGCUUUAUGGCAGCUGGUUUGACGGCCUGUUAUCAUUUGGACGUGAAAUUCGUUUGCUUGAGCCCUAAGUCCAUCAAGGAUUUUGCGGCAUCGGAGCAGCCUCGAGGAGCAAGACUUUGGAAGUUUCCUGCGCUCUUCUCCGGAUUCCCAUAUCCUGUCCCUUGGCACAAGGCCCUCUUGAACGCAUACUAUGUCAAUUUCACUACAAAGGCAUUCAAGAAAGACCCCCAGAGAAAGGAUGUUCAGUCAUACCUUACCGCCCACACGGUUCUCCGAACUCCUAUGGAUCUUAUACGACGUCGCCCUGACAACGUCAAGAUUCUAGUGGCCUCUCUCCCACAACUUGACUUCCCGCUCAAGAUUCCUCCUCAUGUUGUUGCCUGUGGUCCCAUCAUUCGCCAUCCGGUCUCUGUCUGGGUCUCCGAGCCUGACUUGGCUGAGUGGCUCGCAGAGGGACGAACCAUCUACGUCAACAUGGGAUCCGUCAUCAAGAUGACUGAAGACCAGGCUGUAGAGCUGGCAAAGGCCUUAAAGAUUGUGAUCAACGAGCUUGAUAAGCAAGUUGAAAAGGGUCGUCUGCAGGUCCUCUGGAAGCUCAGAAAGUACGGCGCUUACUCUGUGUUCUUGCCCGGAUGCAGAAUCGAGCAGGUCCUCUGCCAAGCAUUCCAGCAGGAUCGAGUUCGAGUCAAAGAAUGGAUCCAAGCUGAUCCUCUCGCUGUACUUCGAAGCGGAUCUGUCGUCUGCUCUAUUCAUCACGGUGGAGCAAACUCUUACAACGAGGCUGUCGUUGCCGGUGUCCCUCAAGUCAUUAUCCCCGCGUGGACCGACUGCUAUGAUUAUGCUCAGCGUGCUGAGUUUCUCGGCAUCGGCCGCUGGGGAACUCGUAACACGAAGAAUGGCUGGUCGGCACGGGAGCUUUCUACCAAGAUUCUUCAGGUGCUUGUGGGACAAGCCUCGGUCGCGGUGAAGAAGAGAUGCAACGUGUUGAAGCAGAUUUGCGAAUUCAGCGGCAGUGGUGCAGAUUUUGCGGCCCUGACCAUCCUGAGAGAGUGCGAGCAAUGA